AUGAAUGGGGGUUCGGGAGCCAUGUCGCCUGUCUCUGUCGAUGGUAGCGAAUGGUCGGGACUAAAUCAGUAUGGAAAGUCGGACUCACCAUUCUCACCAACAUUCCCAUCAUCGCGAGCCAACCUAGCCACACCUCCGACCUCCGGCUCCCCGAGCGCACCCCUAAGUCCCAGUGGGCCACCUCCUUCGCUGUCACCCUCCAACCGGAGCGGCAACCCAUCCCCACCCAGUUCGGUCGCUGCAAGAUCUAGUUCCGGAACACUAGGAGAAGGACCGCGCGAUGGAAGACGGUACCGUCAGAUGGAGGAGAUCCUGGGCCAGCACUAUGUGAUCCUGAAAAGAUUCCUGAAUGGCACAGCCCGCGACGACCGUGGCAAGUCGAAUAAAGCCCGGGACAAACUACUGCGGCUAUCGCCAACCCAGUUCCACGAACUUUCCACCGAUGUUUACGACGAAUUGAUCCGGCGGCAGCAGGCCUCGCCGCCUCCCGGACGGCCACCUCGUCCAGACGUGCCUCCUUACCUCCCCGCUCGCAACGACUUCCACGAAAAGCGAAACCAUGCCCGCCAAAAGCUUGCUGCGCUCCACCACGUGCGUUUCCGAGAUCUGGCGACCGAUGUCUUCUGUGAGCUGGAGCGUCGCUUCCCACAUUUCACCAGCCGAGAAUACCGCGCCCGGCCGCCUCCCAAUAUGGGCCCUCCCAGCGCUCGUACCUCGCAGUCUUCUCGGGGACCCCCUUCGCGUAUGGGACGAGGGUACCCGUCUGGCGGUCCCCCAGGCAGUCCGUUCCCUCCGCGUACUGGCUCUCUUGGAGGCCCACCGAGUAUGAAUGGCGAUGGGCCGUUUCCUCGUUCUUUCCAGAGCAAUACGAUGGUUCCGAAUAAAAGUACGAUGGUUGAGGAUAGCGAUGAUAUGGGACCAGAGGAUGAGGAUGAUGCUCGGAGCGAUGCGUUCGCUCUAGAUGCUGUUUUGAGCCGACGGGGUACUACAACGACCUUGGGUGACAGUGAGCGGAGACUGUUACUGGAGAGCCAGACACAAGUAUCGGUUCUCCAAGACAAGAUUGAAAAGUUGGAAGAAUUGGUCCGCUCCAAGGAUGAGGAGUUGGCCCAGUCAUCACAAGAUGCAGAUUCCUCCGGGAUCAGUCAUAACGAGCGCCAGGAGUGGGACGACUUACGACACGACCUUGAGAGCAAGGUAUCAAAAGCCGAGGAUCUCAACAGCUCGCUUCAGCUAGAGCUUGAGCGGGUUAGAACCGAGCACGAGACUAUGGAACGGGAUCUUCGCAGCCAGCUCAAUGACUCUUCCCGGGGUGUUGAUGAUGCGGGUCUACAAGCGCGCUAUGUUGAUCUAGAGACUCAGCACCAGAACUUACAAGCAGAGUUGCAGCAGCAGAAACAAGUGACUGAUGAGGUCCGCCGCGAGGCAUCGACUUUCCUCAUGGAAAUGAAGACCCUUUCAGCCGAGAGUCACUCCAAUUGGGAGCGCGAAGAGCAGCUCUCGAACGAGGUCCACAGACUCGAGGCAGAUGCCAACGAAUGGAAAAACCGCUACGCCAAGGUCAAGGCGCAGCUGCGUCAUCUUCGCACGUCAUCCGGUGGUUUCGCCGACUCGCGGCCCGACGCAAGUCUUGUUGCCAAAGAGCAUGAGUUGAUGCAAGCCGACGGACUGGUCAAGGAUAUCCACGUUACUAAGUUCCAGGUGUCCGUGGAUGAGCUCCUGCGAGUUGCGCGUUUCGAGGACUCGCAUGUGGUGCUCCAACAGAUCAAGAUGGUCAUUGUAACAGUCCGCCAUAUUCUCCAGGACGUGGAAUAUUCCCCGAUCCCGGUGGAUGGGUCGGCUGCUCUACGCGUAAAGGUCAAGGGCCAGGUGUCUACGACAGCAAACAACAUGAUCACCGCCACUCGCAACUUUGCGAACUCUAGUGGUCUGUCUCCGGUGUCACUCCUUGAUGCAGCGGCCUCCCAUCUUUGCACAGCUAUUGUUGACCUCAUACGGGUGGUGAAGAUCCAGGCAUCGCCUGUAGAUGAGCUGGAGGAUGAAGAUUAUGAGGCGGAUGUAUCUCAGGAGCAAUUCCCUGACUAUUUUGAUACAUCUGCCAGUCAAAAGCGGAUGAGCAAUAACUCUAUCUACAGUGCUAUGAGUCGUCCGGAUGACUCUCAGUACCCUGCGCAGAAUGGUGUGACCAAUGACCUCAACCAUGGCUGGGGGCAUGUACAGGAAGAUCACGAGGUGUUGGAACUUAAGCUCUAUGUCGAGGACCAGACGGAUGGCAUGGUACAACAAAUUCAGGCUUUGGUGGCCAGUAUCCGAGCCGAGGACAAUCUGCAUACUGUCCAGACGCAUGUCUCUGCCAUUUCAAACGUUGUUGUGAAUGUGAUUUCCGCUACAGAGCACCUGAUACGCGAACGCAGCGGAGACAUCUCUUUGCGGCAGACGUCUGAACCGGUUAUCGCGGCAUUGGACCAGUGCCGUGGCCGGUUGGCGGCCACUGCUGGUGAGGGUGAAGACGCCACCACCCCCGAGCAACUCCGUGAGCUCACGAACAAACUGCCUCCCAUUGCAUUUGAGAUUGCGCGGCAGACCAAAGACCUUGUUCAGCGCCUCGAGGACACAUCGGUAGUUGCUGACGAGGAAGAUGACUUCCGGUGA